AAACUUGACAUUAAAAUGCCACCAAAGUCAUAGUUAAACUAUGAUGUAAGAUUAUUACAACAUUUAGAAGAAUAGCAUACGCGGGAAACACACUGUGAAACAAAGUGUGAACGUCCAUUCAAGGACAAAAAGUUGAACUUGACUUGCUUAAUCAUAACUGGAAACUAAUAUAGUAAAUGAAGAUAUAUGGUUUGAACAACUUAUGACCAAGGUAUACAGUUCGAAUCGGGACAUUCCCACAUUUAAGAAGAAAUCAAAUCAUUCCUACAUAGCCAAAAACGUACUGUUUUAGUGAUUUACUGUUUGUUGAACACCGUAGAACAUCGAACGGACGUGAAACAAGAGAAGGAAGCAAAAAAAAAAACAACGACACAGUAAAAUGUUCCGAAACUGGGCUAGAUUUUGGGUAAUCGUGCGGGCAGGUCUCAAUCUUUGUUUCCUUGUAGACACCUAGUGAGUCGUGACCCAGCGACGGAUCAGAGAGUGUAACUGUCGUUAGCAGCAAGGGAAGUUUGUCUGAAGCUACUUGUCGAUCUGAGUGGUGUCUGUGGGACACUCCCUUGUUCAGCCUAUUCUCUACGUCAUUUGUCUCGAUGUUUGCCGUGUGUGGAUAUAUCUUAAUCCAUUUUUAACUAUUCAAAAGGAUCCCGAGAUGUUCGAAUCUUCUUAUUGAACUGAUUUAAGAUCAAAAUUACAAUCUCACCCCUGUUUCUCAACUACCACAAGGUAGCUGAAAAGGAAGUGAAUAUAAAGCGAGGACUAAAAUUGUCAUAUCUGGAAUUAAUGGUUUGAAAAUUUUGCUAUAAAUACGGUCGUUGGAGGAGAGAUUUGGGUUUACACUUUUACCUUAUCAUGAAAUGAGAAACGAAUGAAUGAUUCACGUUAAGCCCAAACGCCAUAGCUUGUUAUUAAGUGCAGCCGCUCUUUCUGUUUUCUCUCUCGCUAAUCAAUAAUCACUUCGAUAAGAAAAACUCUUUAAUCUUCUUCACUCUUUUGGUUUCAUUCUCUUUUCUGAGUUGCAAAAUCACAGGAAGAAGAAAAGAAGAAAAAGAUGGCAUCAGAUGAAAGUAUGACGGUUGUUUCUUCUAUGCAAGAAGAUGAGUAUGAUGAUAUUGAUGUUGUGUUUGAUCAUGAUCAUGACCUUCUGGCUCAUACACAUAGCUUGUCUAGGCUUUCCAUGUGUACUAGUUCCAUGUACACGAACGAAGAUGAGGAUGAUCAAAUAGGGAUGUACAUGUCGAGAUUGUUAAUUGAAAGCUUUGAUGCAGAUGUUGAUGAAGAGUUCUCUGGCAAAGAAUUGCUUGAAUUGUCAUCGGACUCUGACAAAGAACCUAGCUGUUACUCUCUUCCUGCCAUCCCACCUCAUCGCAGAAACGGAACCGGGGAGUUGUCUCACCAGUUGAUGGGUGUGGUCAAAGAUUAUGCUAGUGAAAAUGAAGCUCAAAAGGGUAGUUUUGGUAGGCCAAAAGGGAGCAAGAAUUUGAGGAAGAGGAGGAUUAUAAGGGAAAGAUGGGCAGAUAAGGAAAGUAAAAGUAGCAGCAAAAAGAAAGAUGGGGAUUUAUUGGCGGGAUAUAGCAAUUAUAGUGGAAGUUUUAGCGGGGAGAGUGAAGGGGGUAGUGCGGGUGUGGUGGUGAUCACCAGGCCAAAAGGAGGGAAGAGAUCGCUGUGUAUGGACUUGGAGGAAGUGAAGGCGUGUAGGGAUCUGGGGUUCGAGUUGGAACAUGAGCGUAUGUUAGAGAUGCCGAGUCGGGUUUCCCUGUCAGGUUCCACUCUUGAUAAUACUAGUAGCGGUGGCAAUUCUCCCAUAGCCAACUGGCGUAUCUCCAGCCCUGGUGAUGACCCGAGAGAUGUCAAAGCUCGGCUCAAGGUGUGGGCACAAGCAGUGGCACUUGCAUCUACAUCUAGGCAUUGCAGCUGACAAUCUACUCUCAACUAUAAUCAUCGACUACUAUUUUUGGUUCCCAGUUUUAUUUUUCUUUUUCCACCGUCGAAAUCCCUUUGGUGGGACGGAUUUGGUGCUUUUCUUUCUUCAUCUUGAUUCCUAGAAAAUAAGUUUUUCCAGAGGUUUAUUUGACCUUUUUAUCUGUUGGGGUUGGCAUUAGAUAUAUUUAGCCACCUUUUUUGAUUGCUCAUGUUAUGUACAGCUUUCCGCUUGUAAAUAUAACACGAUGGAAUAGGAGCCAGAUCGUUCUGACUUCUGACUUGCGGCUAAAAGCAUAUUUCCAGUUC